AUGCUAUUUUUGGUGAGCGCGUCCGCUUUCUACCUAGCGAUGUCCUUCACGCCGCUCACGAAGGAGGAGCAGAUGGAGAAGAUGGACAGGAUGAACCAGGAGGUUGAACCGUUCAGGAGGAACCUCACGGAGUGCGCGCGGCAAGUCAGAGCGUCUAUGGUGGACGUCGAGAACUUUCUGAAGAGGAUACCGCAGUCGACGAUGCAGGGGAAAUGCUUCGUGGCGUGCAUACUCAAACGGAACGCGAUAAUAAAGAACGGCAGGGUCGACGCGGCCGCCCUCCUCGACGCGAACAAGGCGGUCUACGAAGAAGACAGCGAGGUCAUGACGCGUCUCAAAUCCGCGAUAGCAGAGUGCACCGGCGCCGUGGACGGAAUUUUCGAGAUUUGCGAGUACGCCUCGAUCUUCAACGACUGCAUGCACGUGAAGAUGGAGCACAUAUUGGAUAAGGUGACGAUGGAGAGGCGAAUGGAGGCGCUCGGACAGAUGGCAACGCAGCCUGACAUGUGGACCGAGGAGGAAGACGAGAUAUUGAAGCUAGUUAAAGACGAGCUU